AGAUUGGGAAUGGGAUUGGGAAUUGGGAUCAAUCAGGACUGGGACUGGAAACUGGGAUCAGAAUCAGGAAUGGGAUUGGGAACAGGAUCAGGAUUGGGAAUGGGAAAGGAAUUAGGAUCAGGAUUGGGAUCAGGAUUCGGAUUGGGAUCAGGACUGGGAUUGGGAUCGGGAUUGGGAUCAGGAUCGGGAUUGGGAUCAGGAUCGGGAUUCGGAUCAGGAUUGGGAUUGGGAUCAGGAUCGGGAUUGGGAUCAGGAUCUGGAUUGGGACUGGGAAGGGAAUUGGGAUUGGGAUCAGGAUCAGGAUUGGGAUUGGGAUCAGGACUGGGAGCGCUCCACAUCCACGGAAAAGCAGGAAGAGGAGGAAGGAGGAAUUCCCAAAGUUUGGGAUGGGGAACGGAACAUCCCUGACCUCGGAACGGCCUCGGAGCAGCUUUGUGGAAAUUCCCACUAAAAACAGGAAAAAAACGGGAAAAAUCCCUUUGGGGUCGUUUUUCCCGGGAAUCCGAAGCACCGGGAAAGGGAAAUUCCCGAGAAUUCGCGGAGAUCCCGAGGUUUUCCAAGGAAAAUUCCAGCCCUGCUGCCUUCCAAUAAAAGUUUAUUUGGGAUUAUCCGGAAUUUCCAGCGGGGGGGGAGGGGAAAGGAGGGAAUUGGAGGAGAAAAAUCCAGGGAAAAGCGGGAAAGAGAAAUGGGAUUUGGAGAGUUGGGAAUUCCACGGGGCCGGCGCUUCCGGAGGGGCCGGGAAAAGCGGGAAGAGCCGGGAAUUCCGUGAUGGAAUCGCGGUGAUCCGGGAGCUGCUCCGGGAAUGGGAAUUCCCAUGGAUUUCCUGGGAUUCGACUGCAAAUUUCCCGGGAUUCGACUGCAAAUUUCCUGGGAUUUGGCCCCGGAUUUCCCGGGAUUUGGCCCCGGAUUUCCCAGGAUUUGACCAUGGAUUUCCUGGGAUUCACCCGGGGAUUUCCCGGGAUUUGGCCCCGGAUUUCCCGGGAUUCACCUGUGGAUUUCCCGGGAUUUGGCCCCGGAUUUCCCGGGAUUCCAAGCCCUGGGGGCGGCUUCGGGAGCCUGGGAAGCUCCGGGGUUUUUGGGAUCGGCGUUUCCAGCCCCGUUCCCAUGGAUUGGGAUUUCUGACCUUGGGAAGCUCCAAUUUUCCCUGGACAGAGAUUCCCAAUCCCAAAAAAUUUCCUCAUUUCCUUGGAUCAGGAUUCCCAAUUCCAGAGAAUUCCCAAUUUUCCCUGGUUCGAGAUUCCCAAUCCCAAAAAUUUCCUGAUUUCCCUGGAUUUGGAUUCCUGACCUUGGGAAGCUCCAGCUUUUCCUGGAUCAGGAUUCCCAAUCCCAAAAAAUUCCUGAUUUUCCCUGGAUCAGGAUUCCCGAUCCCAAAAAAUUCCUGGAUUUCCCUGGUUCGAGAUUCCCAAUCCCAAAAAAUUCCUGGAUUUCCCUGGAUUUGGAUUCCUGACCUUGGGAAGCUCCAAUUUUUCCUGGAUCAGGAUUCCCAAUCCCAAAAAAUUCCCGAUUUCCCCUGGAUCAGGAUUCCCAAUCCCAAAAAAACCGGGAGAAACCAGCGCAGCUCCCGGAAAAUCCCGGAAAAUCCUCCGGAAGUGCCGAAAGCUCCGAUCCCAGGAGGGAUUUUUCCAGGAUUUUUCCAUGGUUUUCCCAUCAUUUUUCCCAAGAUUUUUCCAAGAUUUUUCCAAGAUUUUCCCAUUAUUUUUGCCAAGAUUUUCCCAUGUUUUUUUCCAUGAUUUUUCCAUUAUUUUCCCCAUAAUUUUUCCCACAAUUUUUCCAUUUUCCCAAGAUUUUCCUUUUUUUUUUCCCAGGAUUUUCCCCAUUAUUUUCCCAUGAUUUAUCCCAAGAUUUUUCCAUGUUUUUCCCAAGAUUUCCCAUUUUUUCCCAAGUUUUUUCUUGAUACUUUUCCAUGAUUUCCCCCAAGAUUUUCCCAAGCUUUUCCCACCAUUUUUCCCAAUAUUUUUUCCAUUAUUUUUCCGGAGAUUUUUCCAUGAUUUUUCCACAAUUUCCCCAAGAAUUUUCCCAUGAUUUUUCCCAAGGUUUUUCCAUGAUUUUCCCAAAUUUUUCCCAUUCUUCCCCCAGGAUUUUUCCAUGAUUUUUCCUGAGCUUUUUCCCAAGAUUUUUCCCAAGAUUUUUCCAUUAUUUUCCCAUGAUUUUUCCAUGAUUUUCCCAAGAUUUUUCCAUGAUUUUUCCACAACUUUCCCCAAGAUUUUCCCAUUUUCCCAAGAUUUUUCCGUUAUUUUCCCCAUUUUUUCCCCAGGAUUUUUCCAGGGUUUUUCCCCUGAUUUUUCUCGUGAUUUUUCCAUGUUUUUUCCAUGACUUUCCCGAAGAUAUUUCCGUGAUUUUGCCACAAUUUUCCCAAGAUUAUUCCCAUUAUUUUUCCAUGACUUUUCUUGAGAUUUUUCCAUUUUUUUCCCAGGAUUUUCCCCAUUAUUUUCCCAUUAUUUUUCCAUAAUUUUUCCUAAGAUUUUCCCAUUUUUUUCCCCAGGAUUUUUCUUGAGAUUUUCCCAGGAUUUCCCCCAAGAUUUCCCCAAGAUUUUCCCAUGAUUUUUCCCAAGACUUUUCCAUGAUUUUCCCAAGAUUUUCCCAUUUUUUUUCCCCCAGGAUUUUCCCCAUUCUUUUCCCAGGAUUUUUCC